UCAAACAACAAUCACGAACAAUUUCAACAUCAUCACCAUCAUUAUCAUUGUUUCAUCAAUCACCAACAUCGGCAUUCUAUUUACCAACAUCAUCAACAACAUCAACAUCAUCUUCGAUAAAAACAAUUUCACCAGCCAAUUCAAUAAUGACUACAAGUGGACGUAAUAGUAAUAGUCCAACAACUGAUAAUUCUGCUACAGCGGCAGCGGCAACUGCAGCAGCUGCAGCAGCAGCCGCUGCUGCUUUAAUGAUCAAUAUGAAUCAUCAUCAUCAUCCAUCACAUUUUAAUCAUGGAUCAUCUCCACAUCAUCCGCUUUCGCAUCACCAUCAUCAUCAACCACCGCCACCACCGCUGCCAUCAUCAUCAUCGCUUCCGAUUCAUUCAAAUCAUACAGUAGCUGCAUUAGCAGCAUCUCAUCAUCAUCAUCAUCAUCAUUUAGCUAAUGGUUUAACCGGUGUAUUACCGCCGCCACCUCCACCUCCAUUACCACCAUCAAGUAUUCAUAAUAAUCAUCAUCAUCAACAUCAUCUUCCGAUACAUAUUCCACAUUCAAAUAUGAUACAUAAUAAUCAUCAUCAUCAACAUUUAAAUCUACAUUCACCAUUGCCAGCACAUUCAUCACCAGCAACAACAACAACAACAACAUUUGAACAAGUUUUACGUUCAGCUGCAGUAGCAUCAUCAAUUGUAACAGGAAAUUCAUCACAACCAUCUUCACCAAUAUUAUCAACAAUUAAUCAUCAUCAGCAACAUCAACAACAACAAGGUUUAAAUAAUGGUCAUAAUAAACGUUCAAGAUCACCAUCAAUACAUAAUGUUGGUGAUCCACAACAACAACAACAACAACAACAAUCAAUUGAAUCAUCAUCAUCAUCAAUGGCUGGAUUUCAAAAAAUAUUUAAAUUUUCAACAUCAUCAUCACAACAAUCAUCAAUAAAUGAUAAUAGUGAUGAUGAUGAUCUAUUUUCUGUAUCAUCGUUUGGUUCAUCAACUCGUAUUGGUAGUGGUGGUGGUGGUGGUGGUCAUUCAUCGACAACAACAACAGCAUCCGCAUCUGCAACAACAACAGCAACAACAUUAUCAACAUCAGCAGCAAUAGCUGCUAUUGAUGCAAAUAGUUGCGCAUCAAAUUCCAGUCAAUCAAAUGAUAAUCCAUCAAGACAUCCAAAAUGUUCAAAAUGUCGUAAUCAUGGUUCAAGUGUACCGGUAAAAAAUCAUAAACGUUUUUGUCUAUGGAAAGAUUGUCAGUGUGCAAAAUGUGAUCUAACAAAUCAACGUAAAAAAAUAAUGGCAGCACAGGUUGCAUUACGUCGACAACAAGAACAAGAAGAAGAGCUUGGUAUUGCUGUACCGGAAGUUAUUUCACCUGAACAACAUCAAAAAAUGAUACAACAAGCACAACAACAACAACAAAAAUCAACAAUAACAACAACAACAACAUCUACAUCAUCAACAACAACAAUAUCGACAACAACAACAACAACAAAAAUAUCAUCGCCAACAACAACAAAAUCAACAGCAAAGCAGCAACAACAACAAUUGAAUAAUAGUCCAUCGAAAACAACAUCUUUAGAAUCACUGCUGUCAUCCAGUGGUCAACAUAUGAAUCAUAAUUCCCAACAACAACAACAACAACAGCCAAAUACAAUUGUACAUCAUACACCAUCAUCAACUAUUGGUGGUGGUGGUGGUCAUCAUCAUCAAUCCGCAACAACUUCGGCAUCAACAAUAUCAAAUCAUCAACGAUCAAUAAUGAAUGGUCCAUUAAUGAUGAAUAAUACUGGACAUCAUUUAUCAUCAUCAUCAACAACAACAGCAGCAACAGCAACUGGUAAUCGUUCAUCACCGGAAAUUAUGGUCAAUGAUGAUGCAUCAUAUGCAUCAAUGUCAAGUAGAAUGGCACCAAGUCCAAUACCAAUGACCGAUGAUAAUCGACGACAAUUAGAACUAUGGUGUAAUACAUUGAAUCGAAAAUUAAUGGAAAAUCCAAUCGAAGAUAUUAGUAAUUAUGCAUUGAUGGCAUUAUUACGUGAAAAAUAUGAUCCAGGACGUGUUAUUGAUGCUCUACUUGAAGGUAUGUUAUCAAAUAAUCAAUUAAUAAUUAAUAAUAAUGGUAAUCUUUCUCCAACAAUAACACCACCAAUACCACCAUUAUCGACAUCAUCAUUAUCACCAUCAUUAUCAUCAUCAUCAUCAUCAUCAAAAUCAAUGAUUUUGAAACAAAAUGGUAAAUUAUCAUCAUCGCCGUUAUCUUCUUCUUCUUCAUCAAUAUCACCACCAUCAUCGAUGAUGUUGAAUCAAACAUCGGUUAUAAUCAAUACAGGUAACAAAGAUAAUGAUGAUGAUCGUGAUUUAAGAACUUCAAUAGCAACAAUAAAUAAUAAAAAUGAUCGAUUAAAUUCAAAUCAAUCGAUUACAAAUCUGAUGACAGCAAAAUCAAUGAUACAUCAUCCAUCAAAUUUGACAAAUGUUAAUCAUCACCCAACAACAACAGCAGGAAUGACCAAUGGUCUACUACCAUCGGCAUUAAUUGGUUUGAAUCGUAAUCCUUUAACAUCAUCCGCAUCCGCAUUGUUUGGAUCAACAGCACCGAUUGUAACGAUACCUCCACCGUUAUCAUUACCACCACCGCCACCACAGCCAUCAUCUUCUUCAUUAUCAAAUCCAUUACUUGCAUUUAGUCAUUUUGCUGAUCUACAAAACGCUGCAACUUGGUCACAAUUUGCUGCUGUUGCUGCUGCUUCUGCUAAUAAUGGUGGUUCGAAUCAACGUUCAUCAUCUUUGGGAAAUGGAAACAUAACAUUCCAUCAUGGUGGAAAUUCUACUACUGCUAGUCCAGCAUUUUCACAUCCACGUUCUUAUUUUGCUGGAUUAUUUCCCGGAUCAUCAUCGACAACUAAUCCAACAACAACAUCAGCGUCGAUAUCAUCAUCGAAUAACAUUUCUCCGCAUCAUCCAUCAUCAUCAACAACGAUUAAUGGUACGAAAAAUCGAAAUUUAUCACCCGGUCCAACCGGUUCAGCACAUCAUCAUCAUCAUCAACCAUCAUUGAAUAAUCAUCAUAUUGGUCAUUUUAAUUCACAACAUCAUCAUCCACAUCCACAACAUCAUCCAUCACAAACAUUAACAGAAUCAGCAUGGACAGCACAUUUAACAUCACAUUUAGCAUCGAUUAUAUCGAAUCAUCCAUUGAAUCAACAACAACAACAACUGCCGACAAAUCUUCAUGGACCAAAUAAUAAUCGAUCAACAUCAUCAUCAUCGACGUCGACAGCAACAACAACAGCACCAAUAACAUCCACAGCAUUGGCAUCAACAACAUCGACUAUGGCAAAUUCUACGUCGGCAUCAACAAACGAUAAUGGUAAUGAUAAUGAUGAUAAUAAUCAUGUUAAACAAUCAUCACGAUCACCAUCACGAUCAAGACCAAAUAGUCGUGAAUCAUCACCAGUUGAUGUUAUCAAUGAAAUUAAUGAUAAUCAAAGUCCAAAUAGUCAAACCCAGCAACAAACUUCGAAUAAUAAUGGUGGAAAUGGUCAAUCUUUAUCAUCAAAAUCGCCAUUAUCACCUCCAAAAUUAUCAUCACCAUCAUCAUCCGCAUCAUCAUCAACACCAACAUCCCCAACAACAGCAAAUCAACAACAACAACAACAAAAUUCAUCUGAACCAUUAUCAUUGAUAAAUCGUAGCCGAACACCAUCGGCAUUUCGACGAACAUCGAAUAAUGUUUCAUCAUCAUCAUCACCACCAUCAACAGCAGCAGCAGCAGCUACAUCAUCUUUAGUCACUACAUCCGAUUAAUAAAUUUGGAACUUUUCCCUGACGAUUUGGCUACAAUUCACGUUCGCGCGCACACACACCCAUUACUGGCAGUCACUGAACCGGUCAAUUUUUUUCUUUUUCAAACAAG